AUGUCUUUUGUAAAGGUCAAGCUCAAGGCUGCGAGGGACUUCAUUGCUAAAAAGGACUUUGCUGCCGCGAGAGAUAAUGCCGAAAAGGUUCUCGAGUUCGAGCCGGACAACUACAACGCGACCGUAUUUCUCGGCCUGUCAUUUCUGGAGCUCAAAGAGUUCGACAAGAGCGAGCAAGCGUAUCGAAGGGCAAUCGAACUGAACGCAGAGCAGUUGCUCGCCUGGCAGGGCCUCUCUAGAUUCUAUGAAAGGACACAAGUAUGGGAUAAACACGCGGACACUCUACAUUAUUUGUUAGGAUUUUUUGCCAAGUCCGGGGAUGCAGUCAAAUGUGCAGAAACGAUUCAAAAAUUCGUUCAGAAUCGUCGAGAGCAUGGACACCGUUUACAGGUCGUCGACGCAAUAUCGCUUUAUUUACCCACAUCACCUCACUAUGCAUUGCUGUCGACUUUACCCCCACCAGACCCUACGAACCCAACAUCUUCGACCACAUUUGAAGCCCAAGAAGCUAUACAUAACGGACUACCUAUCCUGGAAGAAAUCGUCCGCAUAUUGGAGAAAGACGAAGACGAAAAGAUCACAAGAGAGUUUGAGAAGCGCCGAACACGACUCGGUGCUGGAUCCCCAGAGCAGAUCAAGAGAGACGUCUGUGUUGAAAUUUGGAGCGUAUCUAGUCUGCCGUCAUUGUACAACGACAUCCUAAAUCAUCCCAAUACCUCUGACGAGCUACGGCGUGAAACAGAUACGAAGUUGUUAAAGCAUAAGCAACAGUAUCUGUAUGCUUUGCCGAGCACAAGCGAGCACAAGGGGAAAGUUUCCCAAGAGGUCGAGGACUUGAUCAACGGCGCGGUCUUACUGCAGCUACCUGAUGAACUCGCUUGGUCAUUGUUCCUAGAAAGGAAGGACGUCGAGGCCAUAGACGAUUACGACUAUCCUUUGCUGAGACAGUACAUGGCACUGUUUCCUUCACUCCCAUUGGUAUCGAUGCUCAAAGGUUACUUCAUUUACAACGGAAUACCUUUGUUUGAUGACGAAGAAGACGAAAACGCCGAGAUAGCUGACCCAGAUACAGGGCUAGAUAUGAUAUUUGAUGCCCAACCACAACUUGCAGAUUCCCUUCUCGGUGCUCGAGUUCUAGCGGAUGUGUACCUUCACGAAGUAGACUAUUCUGCUGCUAUCAAAGCGGCACAAAGCGGCAUGGAGCUCACAAGGCGAGCCGAGGUCAACCACGGGAAGAUACUCCCACAUACCAUUCUAGAUUUCAAGGUGAUCCUAGCCACCUCCUUGGUUCAUUUAUUCCCUCCAAAACACCAUGCCAGAGCUCUACCGAUAAUUGAUGACGUCCUCUCUACAUCUCCGAAUAACAUCAGCUGUCUGAUGGGCCGUGCCUACAUCCUAGAGCAAGCAAAUAAAUGGGAAGAUGCCGGAGAUCUUUUCUCUAGGGUGCACGAAUUGUUACCCGACGACGUGAAUAACGGUCUACGAGCAAAGGAGGAACAUGCUUGGUGUCGCAGCCGCCUGGGUGACUUUGACUUCGCUGUGGCAGCACUGAAAGAAGUUCUUGAAACAAUGGACACUCUGAACGAUCGCGUCGAAGACAGCGCAAGAUGCUUGUGGCGACUUGGGUCUUGUCAUUGGGACAUGAACGGUGAUAAACGGGAAGAGGCGUACAAAUAUUUCAUCACAGCUCUCAAGCGCGAUUCUAUGUAUGCACCGGCGUUCACUUCGCUAGGGAUCUAUUAUGAAGAAUACACGACGCCACCUGACCCAAAUCGAGCUUCAAAAUGCUUCCAGAAGGCCUUUGAGCUCGACUCCCGCGAGGUAUACGCUGCCCGGCGGCUGGCAGUGGGAUUUGCCGAAGAGCAAGAGUGGGACCUGGUUGAAACGGUUGCUCGGCGGACUAUAGACGGGGAAGGCGGCUCGGACGCUGGGCUGGACAAAGAGGCUAAAGCAGGACCAUCGACCGUGUAUCUGCCUACGAAUGCAUGGGCAUGGAAAGCUGUCGGGGCCGUGGAAUUGGCUCGUCCGAAGUACGAUUUGGCUAUACAUGCCUAUCAAGUCGCGCUGCGGGCCGAACCGGAGGAUCAAGUGUGCUGGCUGAGAUUGGGUGAGGCGUACAGCAGGUCGGGGCGACACGCAGCGGCUCUGAAGGCGCUUGCGCGUGCACACGAGCUCAAUCCGGACGAUUGGAUGACGCUUUACUUCAUCGGAGACGUUCGUCGCCAGACAAGUCAAUUCCAAGAAGCCAUAGAUAUAUUUACAGGAAUUCUACGAGAACGACCAGGUGAGAUAGGCGUUUCUGUGUUGUUAGGUCAGACGUAUCUUGAUCUCGGUCGGAGUGAACUGUCCGACGGGUAUGUGGCGAGGGCGGAGACGUCAUUCCUUGCUUCCCUUCAUGUUGCUCUAGCAGCAAUCGAGCAAAUUUCGGGGUUCGGAGGUGUGGUAUGGAAGAUUGCGGCAGAUGCUAUGUUUUCGUUAUCAACAAGAUCAACAUUUGUAGACGAGUCUGCUGCCCGUCAUGCGCUCGAGGCCGUCUUUCCGUUUCUCUCGACGCAUUCCAGUAGCCGGCUUACUGGAUUCAACAUUAACGUUCAAUUGCCCGCCAACUCGACUCCUCUGGCUGGAACUAUCAUGUUACAAAACGCUAUUGUAGCGUACGAUCUCAGACUAUCUGUCGUGUCGUCGGAAUCCCAGGUCCUAGGUAGCGCAUGGUUCGACCUUGGGACGGCCCUUGGAUCCUAUGCUUCUCAAUUGACAGACGAGGAAAAAUCCAAAGAUGUCGAGAAAAAGAGAAUCGAAUUUUUGGGAUUUGCCCUUCGACAAUGUCCACUGAAUGAAGAAUAUUGGACUGCCCUUGGGAACGCGUAUUUCCUUACCCAAGCAAAAUCCGCACAGCAUGCCUAUAUUCGGGCCUUGGAGAUUGAUCCCAAAAAUACCGCCACAUGGACGAAUCUUGGAUUACUCUACUUGUAUCACAACGACGUGGAACUUGCGAAUGAAGCUCUGUACAGGGCUCAAACUCUAGACCCUGAUUAUACGCUGGCGUGGGUCGGCCAGGCCUUGGUAGCCACUGCUAACGGCCACGAAAGUGAUGCCAGAGCCCUUUUAGAGCAUGCAGUGGGAUUGGCAUCGUCCGUGGUAACCAUCCUCUUUUCCUCUGACCUUUUGUUGAAACAGCCGGCUGCCGAUCUCGAAUUUUCCGCUCGAUCUUUCGCCUUGAACAAGCUAUCAAUAUCUGCAUCGCCUGAAGCCCUACUUCCGUCAUUAUCCCUUCUGUCACGCUAUCUGUCCUUCAAUCCCUCAUCAGCGCCUGGACUUCAUCUGUCAAGUCUUGUGCACGAAACACUCGGGCACCUCGAUACGGCCAUAUCCCUGCUGACAGAGGCUAUAACCAUACUCGAGGCUGCUUAUGAAGAAACCGAGUCUCCCGAAAUCGAACGCCAGUACGUUAUCGCCCAGUCCAACAUAGGACGCAUGAGGAACAGCACCGGAGAUUACACUGGUGCUGCCGAAGCCUUCGAGACUGUCGUAGGCUUGCUUCCUGAAACAGAUGACCCGGAAACGAGGAUCCUCCGCACUCAAGCUCAUUUUGGGUUAGGCUUGGCCCAGUCGAAGAAGGGCCAUGAGGUCGAGAGCGUUUUAGGCUCAUUUGAAAGCGCGCUCACGAGUGCUGGGGAUGAUUUGCUGUUGACUGGCCAUGUCAGUGUUCUCAUGGCCAAGACGAUGUGGGCUCUCGGAGAUGAAACUUCCAGAGAUGAGGCCAAGAAUAUGCUCCUCCAGUGGUAUGUUCUUCGUUUAAAUGUACAACGGAUUAAUGCUAAUUGCUUUACUAGUAUCACAAUAGACCCUGAAAACCUCGCUGCAAUCAAUGCUCUCGCCGCAAUGGGCAUCCUGACUGACGAUGAAAGCCUCGUUGAUGCUGCCCUGUCAGAGAUCCUUGCUUUGCCUCGAGAGCAGCGAACGAGCAUGGAUCCAGGGAAAGAUGUAGAAUAUUUGCUCAUGAAGCAUCACGAAGGAAUGGUACGUCUGCUCUAA